AUGAUUUCUAUCGCGCCAAAUUCCGGCGAGAUCGUGGCCGGAAUCCAUGCUGCGAUCCCCGACCGGUUCACCCCCUGGGCUAUAGUGUGGGUAGGUCCAGGCGGCCGGAGGCCGCCGGUGGUGGGCAGGUCGGUCGGCGGCGGGGCGCGAGGAGGCGCGAGGGUGGCUGGCGCGAGGAGGCACUCUGGUUUCUGCUCUGCCAUGGGCAUCUGCAGCUCGUGCGAGGCCACGGCGGUCGCUGCCGGCGGGGGCGACGCCGCGGCGACGACGACGGCGAAGCUUGUCCUGCAGGAGAGGUUCUCGCCCGGUGACGGUGGGCACGUGCUGCAAAAGCAGCCGUCCUGCUUCGUGUGCAGCGCCGACGACAUGGAGUUCGACGACUACGUGUCGGCCGUCGACGGCGAGGACGAGCUGCAGCUCGGGCAGCUCUACUUCCUCCUCCCCGUCUCCAUGCUGCGGCGGCGGCUCCACGCCGACGAUAUCGCCGCGCUCGCCGUCAAGGCCAGCGCCGCCCUCAUGAGCUCCGGCGGAGCCGCGGGCGGCUGCCACUGCCGGGCCCUCGUGUUCCCCGAAGCCGGCGCGAGGUUGGCUGUGUCAACAGGGGCGCCGGAACUGCCGAGGCGGCGGCGGCGGAGGUCCGGCGGCCGGAGAGGAGGUGGGAGGGGGCGUGAUUUUAAGUCCACGUUAAGAGGCAUUCCGGAGUAGAAGGACUGAGUUAACUCGGUGACUGUUGGACUCGGUCUUAGAUCCCAAUGACUCAGUACUGGUGGCACAGUACUGAGUUCCGAUGAGCAGAGCAUUGCAUUGCAUCUUCAGGCAUUAUUUAACAUAAUUGUAAAUACACGGGGCAUUCUGUGAAUAUUCUCGUCAUUGCUGAGGUUGAUUAAUCGAUUUUGUA